AUGGCGACCAUGCCGAAAAUGGUGGCUCUUUUCGAUUGCACGGCCGAUGAUGUCGGCGAAAUAUCGUUCAAAGAAGGCGACAUUCUGGUGGAUGUCGUGAAAUCGGCCGAAGAAGGAUGGUACGAAGGACGUGUAGAACGGACCUCGGAGCGUGGACUCUUCCCGUACAAUUAUGUAGAGAUUUUGACAGAACCACCAGCGUCCAAGCCCAUCCCGAGUUGUACAUUGUCUGAUUCAAUGAAGAGUACAAACAGUCCAGCUGCUUCACCUCCGAAUUCCACCAUUUCUUCGACGUGGUCUGUCGUUUCCGCCAACCACACAGCCAGCAAUGAGGCGGACAAUGAUGCUACGCGAACCCUUGAUACGAAUAAACCGAUUUCAAGGACUAAUGCGAGUCUUGAUCCAUUCGAUGCUAUUGUUGCGCAAAUGCAGUCGCCGGUCAAAGGAAGCAAGCUCGCCGACAAACAACCGCCGUCCUUAUCAGUGAACCCCAAACCGAAAGUGUCGGUGGCCAGCAAACCGAUCAGUGCAGUGAAAAAAGAUCAGGAAACCAUCUCAUCGACAUUUGAACGACCCAUGCUGAAAUCGGUAGCGUUGCAGCAACCUAACGCGAAUAUGCGUAGUCGGUCACUGUCUGCUUCGGUUGGUGCGGCGGGUAAAGACAAGCCUGGGGCGGCGCAAAACUUGGAGGCAAGGAACGCUUUGGAGAAUGCUCUCAGCCGCAAUUUUUCACCGGCUUCCCCUCGGUCGCUUCCCGAUAUGAACAAGAAUGCCGUUGUGCUUAAAAAGACAGGUCUCAACUUGACAGACACCAAACCCACGGAGCAUGAGGAGGAUGGCGAGGAAAUCGAUGGAUUCCAGAUUGUCAAGCCUUCUCAGUUGUUGCAGCGAAAGAAAUCCUCAUCUACCAUGAUGACGCCUAAAGUGUCCAUCUCGUCGCCUUUCUUGCAGCCCAAUCGGUCCACGUCGACCACCUUGAAACCGACGCUUAACUCCAGUCAAGGCGGCUCUCGGCCUGCCGACAGCGACAUCAAAACCAAGACAUCAUCGAAGUUGGAGCAGUUAUCGAGCAAUCCAGCCCCACGAUUGCCAUCGAGACCUAGAGCGAGUCGGUCCAAUCGAACAUCGAAACCAACCUCACGUUCUACGACGACGGAUUCCAUGUCGAGCACGUCUCCGAAGCCAAUGCCAUCAUCAGCCUCUACGACUUUGGGAGGAAAACUCUCCUCAUCGCCACCAAGCACUGACAAUUUGGCACGAUCGCCUCCUCCUCCUCCCCCUGCUGUCAAGCCAAAACCAUCUCAACUGCUACAACCUGCUCUUCCUCAACGUCCUAAACCGCGCAGCUCUUCCAACCCCAUGCCCGUUCAACCGAAACCCGCCGAGUUGGUGGGAAAAGCGUUCCCCUCCAAACCACUCUCCAUCGCCACGACAAACGGAACCUCGUCCUCUUCUCCGUCACCGGAGGUGAAGGUUAUUCGCCCUGUUACCUAUAAAUCGACCUUUCACCAGGAACCGUCUGGCAUCAAACCAUCAAUGGCUGGACCGGUCGCUUUGCCUGGAUUAGCGUCGAGCCAACGCCUGCCUCUCAAGCUAGCCCCCGCAACCCCCACGCGGCCUAUCGUAGAGAAAUGGCACGCGGCUGCAAAGAGCGACGAUGCCAACUUGAAACCCUCGGCGCUGUUGAACAGAGCCCGUUCCGCAACCACAUCUGCCCCUUCCUCAUCCCCAUCGAUACCUACGAAACCUGUGGACUUGAUCGCUUCGACUGCGCCGGAUACCAAACUGAAUCUAUCGACCCUGCCGGCUAGAUCACCCAGUGCACCCGCGGAAACAGUGACCAUUAAGCCACAAAUGAACGGCAAAGCCAUCACCGAUUCAGCAAAACCCUCUUUACCGGGUCCAAAGCCGAUUGUGAGCGUUAAAAGUAAGAGCAGCACGGCUCCUCGGCCACCUCCUUCGUUGCCACCUAAAACCACGAAACCGGCCGCCGCUGUGUCAACGCAGACACGCUAUGAAAUACUGUUUGAGGCCAUCCAUGAUGAAGGGUAUGUGGAUGGAGAAACUGUAAGGAUUCUCUGGCGCCGCAGCAAAUUGCCAGAUGCUGUUCUUGCGGAUGUCUGGCGUCAGUGUGAUCCUGAGCAGCGCGGUUUACUGGAUAAACAAGCGUUCAUGGAAGGAAUGACAAAGAUAGAUGGUUUGUUACAAAAAACCCAUUAA